ACUCUAACUUAGGAGAAGCUGGGAGUGAGCGCAGACCGUCUGGGAAGAUUAUCUUCAUAGCGGCCACUUCUCUUUUCCAGCGAGGAUGAAGUUCAACAUUGCAAAUCCGACUACGGGUUGCCAGAAGAAGCUAGAGAUUGACGAUGAACAGAAACUUCGUGCCUUUUAUGACAAGAGAAUCUCUCAAGAAGUCAGUGGUGAUGCUUUAGGAGAGGAGUUUAAGGGAUAUGUAUUCAAGAUCAUGGCUGGAUGUGACAAACAAGGAUUUCCCAUGAAGCAAGGAGUCUUGACUCCAAACCGUGUUCGCCUUUUACUGUCUAGAGGCACUCCUUGUUUCCGGGGUUAUGGAAGGCGUGAUGGUGAGAGGAGAAGAAAGCCAGUACGUGGGUGCAUUGUCAGUCCUUACCUCUCAGUUCUGAAUUUGGUCAUUGUGAAGAAAGGUGAAAAUGACCUUCCUGGACUAACUGAUGUUGAGAAGCCAAGGAUGAGGGGUCCUAAAAGAGCUUCAAAGAUUAGGAAGCUCUUCAACCUGUCCAAGGAAGAUGAUGUCAGGAAGUAUGUCAACACAUACCGCAGGACAUUUACCAAUAAAAAGGGGAAGGAGGUUAGCAAGGCUCCUAAAAUACAGAGGUUACC